AUGUCUCGCGAGGUGGGGGAGACAUCGACGCCACCCGAAAAGCGCUUCAUGCGCGAUUACACGGAGGUCAUUACUGUGCUCGUGGGUCCCGAAGAAAAGAGCUUCAUUCUUCAUAAGGAUGCUAUCUGCUCCGGUAAGCCGGCGAACAUCCCGAUCCAAUGACGAGGAAGUUGUGCUAACAGAGACAGAGUCUACAGUCUUCACCAAGGCAUGUUCGCAGAGAUGGGAAGAAGGCAGAGAGGUAUGUUGCGACGAGACACCACUUAGAGAAGGAGGCUCCUGACGGAAGGGAAGGGGGUCGUUCGCUUACCAUCCUACGAAGCUGAAACCUUUCAAGCCUUUGUUCACUGGGUCUACCGCAAAAAAACACAACGCCACUGAGGAGUCUGUGAACGCUUUUCCGUCAUGGUCUUCGUACGGAAAACUUUGGGCAUUGGCACACUACCUGGACCAUACACCCCUUCGAGAUGCCGUUAUCGACUGCAUGCUUCAGAAGAUCGAGGCACUUCCUCAGCUGGGCGUUAGUUUAGACACCCUGUGCCACAUCUUCGAGUCGACUCCUCAGAACAGCACGAUCCAGCGACUACUUCUAGAGUACACUGCCGCAAGUAUGACCCCCGCGAGGCUGCAGAAAGAAGCGGAGAAAUUGCCAUUUCCAGUGGUGAUAUACUUGGCUUGGAAGUGCACGGUCUUUACAUCGAGCACAUUUUCUCUGCCGAAGUUCGAAAAUCGAUGGAUUUUCCACGAACGCGAAAAAGAGACACUGAGAUACUGGGACGGCGUCAUGCAUGACGGGGCUAGGAAGCUUGCCCUCACUGCCGAGGGAUUUUCUUCCUACACCGAACCAUGUCCGCAAGCGGAAGAAGGUCGAGAUGAAGACUUGUGGAGUUAUGAGUCUAUCACGGCCGUGCCUGGAUAUAGAGACCGUAGCUUCGAAGAGUUGAGAUUGAAAAGUCUCGCUCAGAAGACUACUGAAGAGGGCGGCGUUUAG